UGCACUUCUCUCUAGUCACAACACUAGUCUCUAGUAUCUUGUACUAACAUAAAAAUAGAACGGAAAUAAAAUAUAUAAAUAUAUUCUCCAACGCGUGUCGGAGGGAUAGAGAGACAGAGCGUUGAUUGUGUCAUAAAAACCAAGGCGGACGAGAUGACAACAACUAUGACAGAAAGCAAACAAAUUGAGCAACAUGAACAGGAACCGAUGGACGUGCGCAUCGAUAUGCCGUGGGGCUAUGUGGUCGGCCGCUGGUAUGGCAAUCGGCAGGUACGACCCAUACUUGCCCUACACGGCUGGCUGGAUAAUUUAGGAACGUGGAAUAAACUGCUGCCAUUGUUGCCCAAACACCUGGGCGUAUUAUGCAUUGACCUGCCCGGGCAUGGUUACUCCUCAAAAUUGCCCGAGGGGAUUGCUUAUCAUUUUGUGGACUACCUGUGCGUGAUACUGCGCAUCAUGGAGGAAUAUGGCUGGGAGAAGGUCUCACUGAUGGCCCACUCGAUGAGCGCCAUGUUGUGCUUCAUAUUCGCAUCUCUUUACCCUCAUCGCAUGGAUAUGCUGAUCAGCAUUGAUAUAGUGAAGACACGGUAUCGCAAACCACAGUCACAGAUUGAUUACCUGCGCAGCAAUAUCGAGGGUUAUAUGGUGGAGGAUGAACGUUUUGCCAAUGCCAAAAGACAAGAGCCUCCCUCGUAUACCUAUGCGGAAUUAGAGCAGGUUCUCUUCAAGGGUAGCAAUAAAUCGGUGGCUCUGGAAAAUUGUCAUCAUAUACUCGAACGAAAUGUUAGCAAAUCGACCAAAUAUCCCGAUAAAUAUUUCUUCUCUCGCGAUGGACGUUGCAAGUAUUAUACGGAAUUCCAUACAAGUCCACCAUUUGCUGCCGAACUGGCUAGAACAAUACGCAACGUGCCCUACUGUGUGAUCAAGGGCUCCGAAUCAGAUUUUAUUGAUGAGCAGAGUGACGAGGUUAUUGGAAUAUUACGUUCCAAUAAUCCCCACUUUGAGUUGCACGAAGUUGAGGGAACUCAUCAUGUGCAUCUUAAUAAUCCACGUGGAGUGGCCGAGAUUAUCAAUCCGUUUAUAAUGCAUCAUAGACCGCCGCAAUUGGAAACUUGGACGGUGGACGAUGUGGACGGCGGCGAGGCACUACCGGCAGCAGUUCAAGAAUUCAAAGUCACCGUGGAAGACUCUGAGAAUGUGAAGCGGAGAAAGAGAAAAAGUAACCUAUAGCUGUUGCAAUCAUCUUUAAACUUAACAAUAUGGACUGGGAUGAAAAAGAAGUUAGCAGCAGCGCGAAACGAACUACUAUGUAGAGGCUUUCAAAUAGUUGAAAUUAAACAAUGUGAAAUGUUUUUUUAAUGAGUAAAUAUAAAUGUCAAAAUCUAAA